AUAAACAGAAGAAGAGAAUCCAUGAUGGAAUCUGGACAAUUUCCUGCAUGGCUUGAGGUUUUGUUAAAAGACAAGUUUUUCAACGCUUGUUUGGAUCAUGAAGAUGUUAAAAAGAACGAGAAGAACAUUUUAUGUAUCGAUUGUUGUCUUAGCAUCUGUCCUCACUGUCUCUCUUCACAUACCUCUCAUCGUCUCCUUCAGAUAAGAAGAUACGUGUAUAGAGACGUUUUGAGGGUAGAGGAUGGCUCGAAGCUAAUGGAUUGCUCUUUAAUUCAGCCAUACAUAACGAACAGUUCAAAAGUUGUGUUCAUCAAUGAAAGACCUCAGUCUCGACAGUUUCGUGGUUCCGGUAACAUUUGCAUCACCUGUGACCGGAGUCUCCAGUCUCCUUACCUCUUCUGCUCUCUCUCUUGCAAGAUUAGUGACGUCAUAAUGAGACAAAGAGGACUCUCAGGGUUUCUCCGCGUCUGCAACGUUCUUGAUUUAACCGACGAAGUCACGACAACGACGCCGAGUUCCACUCUCGAACCCACCGGGUCGACCCGAACAUCUUCCGAGUCAGCUGGUAACGGAGAAGACAUGUUCUGGUGUCAGGCGCUCGCUUGCACCGCCACUACUGAAAUCGUCAGGAAGAAAAGAAGCAGCUUGUCGACGGCUUGCCGGAGAGUCACGGAGGUGGCUUCAACGACUGACACGGAAGCUCCGGUGAACUUUUUAAACCGACGGAAGAAUACGCCGCCGCAACGAGCUCCGCUCUAUUAACUCGUGACAUUUGGUGAAAUUUGGUUGGUCGAAGUGGUAAGUAGAAUGAAUACACGUAAACUAC